CAGCAGCAGAGCAGUUGCAGCGCAGUCAAAGUGGGCAGACGGAACGACGCGGAUCAGGAAAACUAGUGGUGGUGAAAAUGUUCACGCAAUUUUUUAAUUAAGGAGAAAAUAAAUAAAUUCUAUAAAAAUAAUGUAGAAAAUAUCGCAAUAACCCAGAGGAUGAAUAAAGUGAAUGUUAGCGGCGGCUAAAAACAUCACCCCCCAGCAGACGACGUCCACUGUCUUCAACUUGUGCGUGCCAAAAAAUGAUAAAAAUAGAAAAUUAGUGCAACAUCGGUGAAAAAAAAUGAAAUAAGCCACAAUACGCAAAAUACGCUUAAUUAUUCAAUAAAACCACCAUCACAAUCAUCAAUACAACUCUUCGCUAGUCGGCGUCAGUCGGUCGGUCACUGGAUCCAUCGAUCGGGCGAUCGUUGGUCAGUCACUGGUUUUCGUUCGUUAAGUCCUUCCUUUGGUCCGUUGCCAAAAAUAAAAACUCCACUGUAACGUGCUCGGAGUGAGCUAUAUGGUUUUGUGUCUGCAGUGAAGGCGUUCGGUCGGUCCAGUCGGUUGGGUCCAGUCGGUCGGAAGUUUAUGCAGCUCUGAAUGUCUUUAUGCUUUAAUCAUGGUGAAAUUGACCACCGACACAAUACGCUACCACAUUAGAAUCUUUCUGAUUACAAAUCAUGACAGAAGGACAUGAAAGCGACUUCUUAGUUACAGUACGCGCACAGGUUAUGACCAGAGACGAAAGCACCGAGGGUUGGUUACCACUCGCCGGGGGUGGUUUGGCAAAUGUUUCAAUACGGAAACGUGCUAGACUAUCCCCUGGCGCCGCUGGACAUGAAUAUAUCAUCUAUGGCCAAAGAAUCUCUGAUCAAAGUGUAAUUUUAAGCUGUGUCAUAAAUCGUGAUCUGAAGUAUUACAAAGUGAUGCCCACAUUUCAUCACUGGCGUGCUGGUAAACAACGCAAUGGUCUCACUUUUCAAACGGCUGCCGAUGCGCGCGCCUUCGACAAAGGCGUUUUGCGCGCCUACAAUGAAUUAAUUGAUGGCCUGGCCAAAUCUAAUCCAUCAAUAAUAUGUCCGCCACUCACCAAAUACGACUCUGUUGGCGAAGACGACGUUUUUAUGACCUUAGAUCUACCCGUCGAAGCCGACUGCAUACAAAAGUCAUAUUCAAGUCCCGAAGGCAGUGAAAAAAGUCACAAAAGUAUUAGUGUCGAUCGUGGUGAACGCAUUAGUCAGAAGAGCGAAUUGGAUAGGUCCACAGAUGGUAAGGCCACCAUUCACUACAUAUCGAAUGAGAAGUCAUGCAGCUUGCAAGCGCCACCACCGCCAGCAUUGCUAAGUGCAACAACUGUCGGUGGCAAUGGCAACAAUGGUGCAGGCAAUAAUAACAACUGCAACCUGGUAACUACCACCACAGUGAGCGCUGCCAUUAUAUCGCCACCUAUCACCACCGUUUCGUCGAGUCAGUUUGAAGCGCCACCACCAUCGCUGCCAACAGCCAUUGCGACCAGUGAGAAUUACUCCUACGUGCAGCUGACAGCGGUCCACGACUACAAUUAUCCGGUUGUCGAUCAGCCGGCUGGCGCGCAGGUGCUUAACGCACGUCGCGAGUCGAUUAGCGCGCUAAAGAAACGCAACGCUUUGGAAGCUGCACAAGCACUGGCCGCUGCUCAGUCCUCACCUAUUGCCGCCGGUGUGAUACUUAAGGAUCCUGCCAGCAAUGUGGACAUGAUCAAGAAGAGCCAACGUGCGCGUUGUCGCUACUGUCACGAACUCUACAAUGAUGAGUGGAACGGGAAGGGUGCAUGUGAAUUUGCGCCCGAUCGCUUCCGUUCGGCAUUCGAGUGUAUUUCGGGAAUCGGUUGUGCGCGUUGUAUGAUUUAUCAUUGUAUGAGCGAUGCCGAGGGUGAAACUCCACAACAUCCCUGUGAGUGCGUCAAUGAAGCAGGUUGCACUAAGCGUUGGCUCGGGCUAACACUGCUAUCAUUGCUCGUACCCUGCCUUUGGUGUUAUCCGCCGCUGCGCGCCUGCCAUUGGCUGGGAGUAUCAUGCGGCGUGUGCGGCGGCCGACACAAACCACAAGUCUGACAUUUGGAGGGGCGAUUGCAACAACAAUUCGACAAUGGCUACGUUUACGGCUACGAGGUGGAAGCUGAUGUUAUGAAUUCAGACAGUUAUGAUUAUGAUGGCAACGGCAUUGGCGACUUGGAUGAUCACUACGAUUGUUAUAAUUACAGUUACAAUUUCAACCAAUACAAUUACAAUAAUUACAGCUACAAUUACAAUACUUACAACCAACAAAAACCACUACGACAGCAGCAAAAGCAUGCGCUAACAACAAACGCUGGUGGUGGCAGCACACUAACGCAACAAUUCGAGCAAUGGCAUCUUAGCGACGAUGCCAUUAUAGCAAAGGAACAGGAGAAAAUUAUUAAGCAAAGAUUGAAGCAGCAAAAGAAAGAAAAGAAGAAGAAGCUAAGGGCACAACAACAACAAAUGCAAGCGCCAUUGCACUACGCGCUGCAGCAGGCGCGACCCACAGCGCAGCAGAACGACUAUGGGCGCUUGCUGUUUUAAUUUGAUUUGUUCGGUUUGUUUUUUGUUGGCACUAAGAUAAUUUUUACUUGCAAAUGGAGUGAUUUUUUAUCCCCUAUUUUUGUAUUCGAAUUGCAUUUAUCAAAGUUUUUAAUGAAUUUAUUUAUUUAAGUUGCGAAAAGGAUACAAAUUAAAUUUAUAACGCUCAAAUAUUUGUGUUUGGCUAUACUUGAUAAUUUUUGGAUCGCUUUUACUGCUUUAUUUUAGAAGCAAAGUCACAGUUAUGCGUUCACAACGCACUUCCUACAGGGCUAGCGAAUGUAUUUUAAAAAUUGUGUCGUUUUGUCAAUGAUAACUGAUGAAUUCAUACAUACUUACUCCACUGUCUUUUCGCAUAAAUGAUUUUUUUUAACGCGUUCAAUAUUUUUUUAGUACCUA